UCAUGAAAUCACAAAAAAAGUUUAGAUUUAUAAUUAAAUUGUAUUAAAUCGAAGGUUUAAUCAACAUUGAUUAUAUCAACGGUGUUGUAUGGAAAACAUAAACAUUGAAACUUACAAACUUACCUCAGUAUACAAAUAACUCAACAACAAUAUACAUUUAUUGACUGAGUUCGAGGGCAACAUGCAUUUUGUCGGACCCAAGAAGCAACAGCCUCAGGCAGACUGUGAGUUUGAUUCGAAGGUCGACAAGAUCGUAUUUGCCCAAAAACACAAUAAAUAAAUGUUUUGUUAUACCUUUUAUUUUUUAUAUACAUGUAUCUUGUACUAUCUUCCGUGAUGUAGCCUCAUGUACUCAGUGUUGAACACCAACGCAUGCAAAUUUUUAUGAGAGAUAAGCUCUGCCCAUUGUGUGACGUAAGCGGGCGGUCCAUGCAACAUAGACGGGCCCAACAUCUCACACAGCGGUCAAACAUCGAUUUUUUAUGCUAGAGUAAAACAUUUUUAGAGUAAAACAUUACAAUUGUUAGACUUUUUUCGUAAAGAUUUAUAUAUAACUAUAGGAAAAAAAUUUUAAAGGUAUAUAAUUGAACAAAUAAAUUGUGAAGUGCAAACAGUUCAGAAACUUUAUUAGAGAUUUCAUGGACAAUGAAAAUUGCAUUUAGAAAGGCAUUAUAGUUUACAUAUGACCUGGCAAUAAAUUGAUAUUUUAAAGGGAAGGAAUUUGAAGAAAAAAAAGAUCAUAAGAAAAUAGUGUGAUUGAGGAUAAUAUGACUUUCACUGCACAAGAAUUUUCAAACCGUGCGUAAUUGUAAAUAUUUCAUUCCAAAUUAUCGAAGAUGUUCCUUAAAAGGAUUCCAUUUUUAUGGCAAUUAUAUAUUCGAUGAAUCGAUUUUGAUUUUGAAAGGCAAAUAUAAUUCAAUCGGGAUCGGCCUUCUCAUGACCAUAGUCAUGUGACCAAACAGAAAGAAUCGAGAUAUGCAGUAGUCACAGUUGAUUGCAUGUUUAUAACUUGCUGAUGUACGUGUAACAUCCCUAUCAGAGCGAUCUAUUUAAGUCCAACAAAUCAGCUGAUGAGUUGUGAAGUAAACCCAGACCUGGCCCGGGAGAGGGACAGGGCCACCUUUGACCCAGAAGACUUGACAAAUUUUCUGUAUGGAGGACCGUCUGCCGUUAGGAGAAAGAGAUAUCUUCAGAAUAUAGCGAAACAAGAUCCCAAUCUGAAGCGUGAUAAACGAUGGGCGUUCCAGACACGAGAAGAACGAGCCGACUCCGCGAUGAGGAAGCACAUGUACUUGGACAGACUACAAGACAAUCUGGGAAUCACCGACAUCAAAGAAAAAUACUACCUCCGAAAUACGGCGGUUCCACAUGAAGGACAUCCCAUGGGGCUCCAUUACGGAAUGAUCAUUCCAACAAUAAAAAAUCAAGCCUCAGAGGAACAACAGAAAAAAUGGCUGCCGAUGGCAGAAAGUCUGCGCAUGAUUGCAACAUACGCUCAGACAGAACUGGGUCACGGAACAUUUAUACGUGGCCUUGAGACUACCGCUACGUAUGAUCCCCAGACAGAGGAGUUCAUUGUAAACACCCCCACCCUGACAGCCACCAAAUACUGGCCUGGUGCAUUGGGAAAGACUGUGAACCACUGUGUUGUUAUGGCUCAGCUGUACACACAGGGGAAGAACCGUGGUAUCCACAUGUUCAUGGUGCAGAUUAGGGACAUGGAUACUCAUGUACCAUUACCAGGUGUAGAAGUUGGGGAUAUUGGACCAAAGUUCGGAUUUGAGGAAAUUGACAACGGAUUUUUAAGGCUGGAUAACGUCCGCAUUCCAAGAGAGAAUAUGCUCAUGAAGUACUCUAAGGUCCUAAAAGAUGGAACAUACAUAAAACCUCCAAGUGACAAGUUAGCUUACGGUUCUAUGGUUCUGUUGCGGUGUUCCAUUACAGCGUCAGUGGCAACAUGCCUGUCAGAGGCCUGUGUUAUAGCUAUCCGUUAUAGCGCAGUGCGGAGGCAAACAGAGAUCAAACCAGGGGGAGAGGAAGCACAGAUAAUUGACUACCAAACCCAACAGUACAAACUCUUUCCUCUUUUAGCCACUUCAUUUGCCAUGCUUUUUGCAGGAGAUUUCAUAUCUGAUUUCUACAAAAUUAAGUAUCCAGAUAUUGCUGCAGGAAACUUCGAGUACCUACCCCAAUUGCACGCUAUGAGCGCCGGACUGAAGGCUUUUAGCUCAUGGAUAUGCUCUGAGGGGGUGGAGACAUGUCGGCAGUGUUGUGGGGGGCACGGCUACUCUCAUGCUAGUGGAUUACCCAAAAUAUACGUAGAUUGUACACCAGCUUGUACUUAUGAGGGAGAAAAUAUGGUUCUUAUGCUUCAAGUGGCAAGGUUUCUGAUGAAACAGUAUGCCAACAUGAUGCAAGGACAACCUCUACCAACUCUUGCACAAUGUCUAGGGAGUGACCUCUCCAAACAGUCGUGCAUGACGGAAGAGGUAGCGUUCAAAUGUCUAGUUUUGGCCUACAAUCACAGGGUUACAAGGCUAGUAUCAGAUGCUGCCAACAAUAUUCAGAACUUGGUCAAUAAGGGCCAAAGUCAGCAGGAAGCAUGGAAUUCUUCAACAGUUCGUCUAUUCUGGGCCAGUAGGGCAUUUUGUCAUGCGUUUGUCGUUGAAAAUUUUGUGAAGAUUCUGUCUGAGAGAUAUUUAGAUGACAAAUCCAAAAAUGUGAUGAUGUCAGUAUGUAAGCUUUAUGCUGUUUAUGGAAUUGUAUCAAACCUUGGAGAAUUUAUCCAGGAUGGGUUUUUCAGUUCUGAUCAAGUUAAAAUUUUGCAAAACAAGCUGACGUCAUUAUUAGCAGAGAUAAGACCCAAUGCAGUGGCUUUAGUGGACGCGUUCGAUUAUCCAGACUCGGUACUUGACAGUUGUCUGGGGCGAUAUGAUGGGCAAGUGUAUCAGGCCCUGUAUGAGUAUGCCAAAGAAUCCCCGCUGAAUGAAAAAGAGGUAUUAGAUUCUUACUACAAAUAUAUUAAGCCAGCUCAAACAAUACCAGGAACAGAUGCACUUUCAUCACGCUUAUAAGUUGUGAUUUUUUUGUUUUGUGUAAAUUGGAGAACAAAUUUUGUAAAAAUUAUCGCCUUAUACUUCAAUAAAAUUUGAUGGAUUUA